UUUCCACAUUAUUAUUGACCGGCUCCAGUUGUGGUCGUCACUACCUUAAGUCAACUCAACUCACGUUUGGUCACAUAACCUAUCAACAAAGAAAGACUGCAAAAUGGCUGAACCACGCGAAAGAACUUUCAUCAUGGUUAAACCAGACGGCGUACAAAGAGGACUCGUCGGCCAAAUUAUGGAAAGGUUCGAAAAGAAAGGUUUUAAGCUUGUAGGUCUUAAGUUUGUGUGGCCAUCUGAAGAGCUUUUACAAAAGCAUUACAGCGACCUGGCAUCGCGACCAUUCUUCCCUGGUCUUGUGAAAUACAUGAGUUCCGGGCCUGUUGUACCCAUGGUUUGGGAAGGACUUAACGUAGUGAAGACCGGUCGUCAAAUGCUCGGCGCAACAAACCCAGCUGACUCUUUACCUGGUACCAUUCGUGGAGAUCUGUGCAUUGAAGUUGGCCGCAACAUUAUUCACGGCUCUGACAGUGUUGACUCAGCUAACAAGGAAAUCAAUCUCUGGUUCACUGAAAAGGAACUCGUCGGAUGGACCCCUGCUGCGGAGAAAUGGGUCUAUGAAUAAAUUCUUUCCAAUAUUAAUUAAGUAUCUCCAGUGAUCAAAUAAAUCAAACAACAACAA